CCCAGCUCCGACAACAAGAAAAAGAUCUUGUUGCUGGCCGGACGAUAACAUUCGAGCUCUGCCAUGGCCCUCCACAAUUCAAUUGUGAUCCAACCACUGCGACAAGAGCUCAAACAUGGGUGUAGAAGUCGAAGCUGCGAAAAUCGCAUCUGUACCUUCGACAACGUUGAUCUCAAGUGCGUCCGUGGCUGCGUUCCAGGGACUCGUGCAAGAUGUCUCGAGCUACGCUGGAGCUCUCGCCAAGGCCGUCGACGUCCUUCUCGGAGGCAUGCCGACGGAAGAGUCGAACCAAGUGUCGGUGGGCGACUCCAACUUAGCUGCCACCAUUCAAGUCUUGAGCGCAAUUCAAAGCGCCGCGGGCUCCGCGAUCGCACUGUUGACAACGGACAAGCAAAUCAUUCAAGAUGAUGUGAAGCACGACGAGAAACGUCUUGUGGAAGAGCCCGCUGUUGGGGUCCAGGAAGCAUCUCUGGCUCCCCCCGGAGCGCCCACACAGCAAGCCGACGAAGCACCCACCAAGGCGGUCGACUCGGGCGUGUACGUGCACGAGACAGAAGCCGAGUUCGAAGCGACGGACGACCCGGCCGUUGUCCAAGCCGAAUCGUUUCCGACCGAGAUUUUGCUGGAAAACAUCAACCACUUGAUGUUUAUCGUGCACGGCAUUGGCGAACACAACGACUUUGUCGUCGAGUCAUACGACAACGACAAAGGCAGCACGGGCGACAGCGGCAACUUUCGCGAGCUCUUCAACACGAUGCGCCACUCGCUCUUCUCCAAGGAAAUUCCACUGUCCUUGGAAAUCCACCCGAUUGAAUGGCACGCGGAAGUUCACGACUCGGGCGUCGACAGCGUAUUUGACACAAUUUCACCCGAGGCGUCAAAAAAACUGCGCGACGUGAACAAGCGCCUCAUCAUGGACGUGUUGUACUAUUCCGCGCCCAAGUAUGGUCAGGUGAUUGUGGACACCGUGACAAAGCAAAUGAACGACAAGUACACGUCGUUCAUGGCGGCGAACCCAGGCUGGCAAGGGUUUGUCUCGAUCUUUGCCCACUCGCUCGGAACACUCAUCACGUACGACAUUUUAACCCACGACGCGGGCCAAGUCGGGAGCAACGGCGUCGUGUUUCCGGGCCUGUCGUUCCCGGUCGAGAACCUCUUUUGCGUCGGGUCCCCCGUCCCGAUCUUUGCCUUGUCGCGCGGCGCACUCGACAUCCACGACGGCGUUUGCACGGGCGGGCUCCGCCGGCCGAACGUGAACCACUACUUCAACCUGUUUCACCCCGCCGACCCGAUCGCGUACCGCGUCGAGCCGCUCGUGGACGUCGACAUGUCGUCGUACCCGGCCAUUGCGCUCCAGCCAGCUGACACGUUCAAAAACAAAACGUUUGGCGAGAUGGUGCUCACGUACGACAAAUUGACCGACACCGCGCCGUUGUGCAAUGAGUGGCAAGGCGCCCGCAUCGACUUUCAAGUGCGUCGCAAGUUUCUCGAAGGCCCUGUCGACACGUUGUACGCGCCGCUGGCCCACAGCGUGUACUGGUCGUCGGAAGAUGUUGUCACGAUCACGCUGCUCGCGAUAUGCCGCCCGGUCGUGGACAUCCUGACGCGCUAUAUCGACCACAAGAUGCCCCUGCCGACGUUGCGCCCGCGCCGGCGGGUUCCCUUUACGCCGCACAAAACGAUCCAGUGUGCGACGACAGCCGUCGUCCGCGACGGAUUCACCGGUGCCUGGGAGCCCCACGCGCUAUUCCUUGGCAAGAAGCGUGUGUAUUUCACCCGGUCCGCGGCGGACGUGGCGUGUUCCAAGAAGUGGUCGGUCCCGCUCACGAACAAGACGGCUGUUGUCGCCGACCCGACCGAUGCGACGGCAUUUCAGUUCAUCCCGGACAAGACAAAUCCGUCGCCGUCCUUGUUUUCUACCACAAAGGGGGCCCAGACCCUGUACACAACCUCUUCCGACCAGCGCAAUGAGUGGGUAGACAACAUCACCAAGACCUUGGCGGCCCUUCAAACAAAGACAGGCCACGGCACGAUCCAUGCCAACGUGAGCGGCCUCGCCCUACCAAGUGGCACGGACGUCGACUUCUUUGACGCGACGCUCACGGGCACCCUGCGUACGAAGGGCACGUUCCGCGACGCGUACAACUGGUAUGUCCUCACCGAUUGCUCCCUCGACUGCUACGAAGCGUGCCCGAAGCUCAAGGAGUGGACCCAUUUCUCCCUCAAAGCCGUGUUUGCCACCCCCGAGCAUGGCCACAUUCGCCUCGUGAGUCGACAUGGCACAAGCGUCACGUUCAAGAUUCCAGACAAAUCGCGCUUUGACCUAUGGCUCAACACGAUCAAGCAGUUCCCCGAUUGCCAUCUCGUCCUCGACGAUUCCUGCUAA